CGGUCUUUUUCCUUCUUGCCGGGGGCUGCUUCUGCUUAUCUGGAGGAUGCGCUGGACCCUCACUCCUCUUACCCUUCCCCUUCGCAUGUAAUAUCAGCCCUUUUAAUCCUUCCAGCCAAACAAAUCUCUUUAAACUCUUUAGGGUUUGGGUUGGGGAGGGCGCAAUGCAGAAUAACUCAAAGAACAAAUGUAUAUCUGCAUCUCACCAGCUGAUGGUGGACAAUGCCAAGAACCGGCUCAAUAAUCUUCAAGAACGGUUCACUGAUCUUCAAGCCGCUAGGAAGGAAGGUCGAGCUGGUGAUGUUGCAGUGCUGGAGGAGCAAGUUUAUCAGAGUCUUCGUGAGUGGAAAGCCGAGCUCUGCGCACCAUCCCCCGCCACUUCUUUACUUGGUGGUAGUCUUGGAUCAUUCUCAGAUGAUAUAAAUCGAUUGUUGCAACUAUAUGAGGAGGAAGAUGAUGCGUCUAGUCCAUUAAAGGGACCAGCAGUGCUGAAGCCUGAAACUGAUGUUCAAAGCCUUAAUCCAUGUAAUUUACCAGUAGUUCCAGAGGAUUAUUUAGUGAAUCAUGAGCUACAACAACAUGGUUUGCAAGGAUUUGAUCCAUGUAAAGUUUCUACCUCAGCUUUGGAGACCACAGCGGUUGGUAAUGACAUAAAUUAUCAAUUGGAUUAUCAUCCAUUUGAUUUACAGCAGGAAUUUGACCAUGGGCCUCUCAUUGGUGCCAAUGGUACUGAAGAUUGUGUGAAGGAUGCUAGCCCCAACAUUCUACCAAAUAUCUCUCCUCCACCUUCUGCUUUCAUGGGACCAAAAUGUGCUCUCUGGGAUUGUACUAGGCCUGCUCAAGGAUCUGAUUGGUAUUAUGACUACUGUAGCAGCUUUCAUGCUACUCUAGCUCUAAAUGAAGACCCCCCUGGCAUGACUCCAAUUCUACGUCCUGGUGGAAUCAGUUUAAAGGAUAAUUUACUACUUGAUGCACUUCGAGCAAAGACACAGGGUAAAAAUGUUGGCAUCCCUCAAUGUGAAGGUGCUGCUACCAUGAAAUCUCCUUGGAAUGCUACAGAGCUAUUUGAUCUUUCUUUACUUGAGGGUGAAAUAAUCCGAGAGUGGCUCUUCUUUGAUAAGCCUAGGAGGGCAUUUGAAAGCGGGAACAGAAAGCAAAGGUCAUUACCAGAUUACUCUGGACGUGGUUGGCAUGAAUCAAGGAAGCAAGUGAUGAAGGAAUUUGGGGGGCAGAAGAGGUCAUAUUACAUGGACCCACAACCUUCUGGCCAAUAUGAGUGGCACUUGUUUGAAUAUGAGAUCUAUGGCUGUGAUGCUUUUGCUUUAUAUAGACUGGAGCUAAAGCUUGCCAAUGAAAAGAAGAGUCCCAAAGUAAAAGUUUCAAAGGAUUCGCUUGCUGAUCUGCAGAAAAAAAUGGGAAGGCUCACGGCUGAAGUUCCUGGAGAUGACAGAUCUCCUGGUAAGGGCAAGACAAAGGCUAGUAAGAAGGCAGAUGCCAGAAAUGUUAGUUCUGCUCAAGAUUAGAUGACCAUUUAAGAUUACAUGCUUAAAUAUGGAUCUAGUGUUUCUGAACAGUCAUCUUGCUGAGAAGAUCAACUUGCUGUGGUGGCAUAUAAAUGAGCAGUUUGUUGUGCAUUUGGCAUCGAAUGUCAUUCUGCAUCAAGCUUGCUGUAGUUGCUAUAUAGACACAUAUCUUAGGGAGUCAUUAUCUUCGAUAACUCUCUUUCUUUUUCCUUCUUCAAUUGCUGCUUGGUGGCAGCUUUUUUCAACAAGGGGACGGCUCGGGCAUCACACCAUAAACUGGGUAUGGAAAUACGUCUCAGAGAUGCUGGGCCUGGGUGCUCUUUAACUGCUUAUGGAUGGAUUAUGUACAGAGUAAGUUGAAAGCUCUAUAUCUGACAGUAUUCUAACCAUGGGGAGGACGGUAAAGGCUAAAUAUAGAUGAAAAAAGUGUAUAGGGGAAAAGUAUUGGUUUCUCCCUUUGAUCAUGCAAGUCGUGGAUUGUUUUUGUCAUCCUUGUAGUUAAUAUACAAUCAAAUGGGUGCUCUUUUACUGCUUUUGUUUGCAGUUUCUAUGAGACAUUAGUAUUUAUGCUUCUUCUUGUUAGAAGUUUGUUCCUUUCUGCUUAUAAGUUAUUUAUAAAUAUGAUGUGCUUGAUUUAUGC